CAGCUGUUCUCACACAAGGUUGCCCACAGUCAGGGCGACAAGUUUGAAAGAAUGGUCCGGGCUCGUGGCUUUGUCUCUUGGAAGCUUUUUGCUUCGAUCGUGGUGCUGAGCAUCGCCCAGGAAGGGUGGACAAAAUGUGUGCAUUCUCCGGCGAAAGAUGCCUUCCCGCUGACGCUCAUCCACAUCAACGAUCUGCACGCACGGUUUGAUGAAACGAGCCAGAAGUCUUCCGACUGUACCAAGCCGACGGAGUGUAUAGCCGGCAUAGCGCGCGUGUAUCACACGAUCAAGAAGCUAAAGAAUGACUAUAAAUCGAAGAACCCGCUCUACCUCAAUGCGGGCGAUAACUUCCAGGGUACGCUGUGGUACAAUCUGCUGCGCUGGAACGUGACGGCACACCUGAUCAAGAAGCUGCCACCGGACGUAAUGACUCUCGGUAACCAUGAGUUCGAUCACAGCCCGAAAGGCCUUGCACCGUACCUGGCCGAGCUGGAGGAGAUGAAGAUCCCGACGGUCGUUGCUAAUCUGCAGCUGAACGGGGAACCGGACCUGCAGGACUCUAAAAUCAAGUCUAGCGUUGUGCUAAAGGUUGGCGAUCGAAGGGUUGGAGUCAUUGGAGCUCUGUACGAUAAGACACAUCUCGUAGCACAGACGGGUAAGGUGACGCUAUCCAACUCGAUCGAAGCCGUCCGAAAGGAGGCACAGAAGUUGAAGAAGAAAAAGGUGGACAUCAUUGUGGUGCUGUCCCACUGUGGUCUGGACGGGGAUAAGCAGCUGGCAGCGGAAGCGGGUGAACUGAUCGAUGUUAUCGUUGGUGCUCACUCGCACUCGCUGCUGCUAGACAAAGACGCGAAUGUGCCGUACGACACCAAGUACGACACAAUUGAAGGCAAUUAUCCGAUUGUGGUUCCGAAGGCGAACAACCAUACGGUUCUUAUAACGCAGGCCCGUUCCUUCGGUAAAUACGUUGGCCGGUUGACGGUGUACUUUGAUCAGCACGGUGAGGUACAGAGCUGGGAAGGGCAUCCAAUCUAUAUGAACCAUGCGGUCCAACAGGACCCGGAAGUUCUGAAGGCUCUCGUACCGUGGCGCAAUGAGGUGAAGCGUCUAGGAACUCAAGAGAUUGGGAAGACGGAAGUGUUCCUGGAUCGGGAAUCCUGCCGAUGGUGUGAGUGUACGUUGGGCGAUCUUAUUGCUGAUGCGUUCGCCGAUAACUAUACAAGCACCACCGUAAAGCCAGUGGCGAUCAUCCAGGCUGGAAACUUCCGUAAUCCCAUCCAAAUAGGAGCAAUCACAAACGGUUUGGCGAUUGAGGCCGCCCCGUACGGAUCGUCCGUCGAUAUGAUCAAGCUCAAGGGUGAAGAUCUGUGGAAGGCAGUCGAUCACUCCUUCACGCUGGACGAUGAGUUCCGGCUCAACACGAUCCAGGUGUCGGGCAUGAAGGUGGUGGUGGAUCUUUCCAAAAAACCCUACGAACGCGUGCAGGAAAUUCAAAUCGUCGAUGCUGAUGGUAAAAUGACUGCUUUGAACAAGCAGCAGCUCUACUACGUCGUUGCGCCGUCCUAUCUGGCCGACGGUAAGGAUGGGUUCGAAAUGUUGAAACAGGGUACGGACCGCGUAACGGGCUCGCUCGAUUCGGAUGUGUUGAUCGAGUACGUGCGGAAGCGUCAGACGAUCACCAAGAGUAUGUUUGAGCAGCAGCGUGUGGUGAUCCUGAACCAUACGAACGGCACUUGCUCGUGGGCUACGGAUGGACAGCGAUACACGCCUAACAAGUAGGCCAUGCAGCUCCGGUGCAAACAUUCUUCUUUCCUAAUUAAAUUUUAUUCGGCAAUAAAAAAUCGUACGAGCUUUCAGCAAAGAUAAUCUAUAA